AUGACAACGACGAUUCAAAAAGUAAUUGAAAGUUUAAACAUUUUAUAUUUCAAUGAAAAUAAUAAUUUAAAAAAUUUAGCAAAUACUUUUUUACAGGAAUUCCAAUCUUUAACAGACGCAUGGGAUAUAUCAAAUCAAUUAUUAAUUACGAAUGAUUUGCCAUUAGAGAUUAAGCUUUUCUCAAUUCAAACUCUUAGAUCAAAGAUAAUCUAUGAUUUUAAUCAACUGAAUGAUCAACUUCGCUUAGAACUGAAAAUAAAUUUAUUUGAUCAAUUAAAAUUGCAAUCAAACAAUUUAUUGAUUAAGCAUUUAAACUUAACUUUAGCCGAUUUAGCUUUACAAUUUGAUAAUUGGCUAGAUCCAAUUCAAGAUUAUUUAAAUGAAUUCGGUCAAUCAAAUCAUUCAAUUUUAUUAGAUUUCUUAUCGACUCUACCUGAAGAAUCUAACAACAAUAAGUUAUCAUUGUCAAUAGAUCAAUUAGAGUCAAGAACUUACGCACUUUUAACCAAUAAAUCUUCAGAUAUUUUACAAUUAUUAUCAAACUACUCUCUUAGAAGUGAUAUCAACCUGGACUUACUAUUUGAUUGCAUAAAAUCUUGGUCUUUUGCUGGUGAAUUCACUCCCUUAAUGUUGAAUUCAACGCCUUUACUAGAUUUACUUUUCAAUUCUUUAUCAAAUGAACAACUAUUUGAUAAAUCUAUAGAUACUUUGUCCGUCAUCAUUCAUGAAACCCAAGAAAUCCAUGAAAAUCUGACCGUUAUCAACAUUAUUUUAGGUAAUUUAACUAAUUUAAUAGAUAAAUUACACUCCUCAAUCCAACAAAAUGAUGAUGACACAGUCAGAAAUUAUACUCGCUUAUAUUCUGAAGCAGGCGAAACCUAUUUACCUCUAUUCUUAUCAAACUUUGAUCAGAUGGAACCUAUUAUUAAUUCAAUAUUGUUAUGCUCGAAGUAUAAUGAUUUAGAAAUUGUCCAGAUCACCUUCAACUUUUGGUUUAAAUUAGCACAUGCCUUAGACGUUAAACCUCAUUUAAAAUCACAAUUUAUACCAAUUUAUUCUCAAUUGAUUGAUAUUAUUAUUGAUCAUUUAAAGUUUCCCCUUGAUGAAUCGUUACAAUCAGCUCAAGAGCGUGACGAAUUUAGAUCUUUUAGGCAUUACAUUGGUGAUACUCUCAAAGAUUGUUGUACAGUCAUUGGUCCUAAAAAGUCAAUUUCGAGAUCUUUAGAAUUAAUUUUACAAGGUAUCUCAACUAACAGUUGGCAAUAUGUUGAAGCACCUUUAUUUUCUUUGAGGAGUAUGGGUUCUAAAGUUGAUUAUGAAAAUGAUAAUGACAGUUUAGAAAGCAUCUUCAAUUUAUUACCAAACUUACCUGAGCAUCCUAGAAUUAGAUAUGCAGGUAUUUUAGUAGCAUCUAGAUUCACUGAAUGGAUAAAUAAAAGACCAGACUUUAUUCCUUUUUAUCUUAGCUUUAUAAGUACUGGCUUUGAAUCGAAUGUUCCAGAUGUUGAUAUUCCAGCUGCUGCUUGCCAAGCUUUAAAGUUUAUUUGCGAAGAUUGCAAUCAUCAUUUGAUAUCAUAUUUACCACAACUUUUUCAAUUUGUUCAACAAUUAACUGACACUAAAUUACAUGAGCAAGAUCACCUUAAUAUAAGUCAGGCUAUUGCUUUCGUUAUUGAGACUAUUGAACCAAAAAAUGAUCAAGCUGUGAUCAUAAAUCAGUUUGUUAGUCCUUACUUGGUUCAUAUUAACGAUUUCUUUUCCAAAACCGAGUCAACAGUCAAUAAAGAUGAUAUCAAGUCACUUAUUUCAAAUAUUGAACAAAUUGAAUCGUAUAUAGCUUUCACUGGCCCUCUUUCACCACUCCCAGUUGAAUGUCAAUCGACACCUUUCGAAGUUUAUAAUUUGUUAGUUAAAGUUAUAGUCAACUUUGGUGGAUCUCACUCACUUAUUGAGAGGGUUUGUGGGUUAUUGAGAAAAGGUUUAAGAUUUUUCGAUGAAUCAGCUGUACUACCUAUUAUUCCAAAUCUUCUCGAAGUGUUAGUUAACGCAUUUGGCUCUAAUCCUUUAUCAGCUUAUAUCUGGUUAAUUGGUAAAUGCUUUAAUUUAAUUCCAAAAGAAAAGACGAUGAUUUCAACAUCAUUUAAUAAUAUUUCAAAUAAGUUAUUCACUAUCUUACAAUCGAAGCAACCAAGUCAAGUACCUGACUUAAUUGAAGACUACAUACAUUUACUUUUACAAAUAAUGGAUUACGAGCCGUCUUUGAUUUUCAACGAUAACGUUAUACAGCCAAUUUUCGAUCUGAGUUUAACGGGUUUAAAUCUUUAUAAUCCUGAAGCUAUUUUGGUUUCACUGGACUUUAUCAGAGAUUUCGUUGAUGUCAUCAAUGAUAACAAUUCGAACAGCAAUAUUAACAAAACUGUCAUAGCAAAAACGCUAUCAAAUCAUACUAAUAUUGCUAAUUUGAUUCAAAUUCUUUUGGAAGGUCUCGUAAAUUCCUUUCCAGAAGAUUGUGUUAGUACUGUUAUUACAUUGAUUCGGCAAUUGGCACAAUUCAAUAAUAAUUUAAUGAAGGAGGCUAUACCAGUUGUUAUGAAUCAGUCGUCGUUAACAAGUGUUGCUGUGACUGAUCAACAAAUAUUUAUCGAAAGCUAUACAAAGUAG